UCGUUUCGUUAAUCGAAAACGCACAAAUCAAAAGCUGAACCGGCAUAGCACUAUGUCAGGCGCAAACGUAUGGACGCGAAGUCGAGAGAGAAUGAAACGAUUCCCGGAGCUGUUUGCCCAGUGUGGCCCAGAGGCAACAGCUUAUGGGAAAUGCGUGACUGCAACCACCACAAGUAAAGAGGAGCUGAGAAAGGACCUUUGCAUAAGAGAAUUUGAGGCGCUGAAAACUUGUAUACUGUCUGCGGCUAAGAAGACUGUGAAGUAGCUACCUGCUACAGCCAGUGUCCCCUAUUGUAAGAAGAGCGCCUCCCACUGGAUGUCGGUGUCAUGGCAUCGGAUCAGCUGCUACUGCUGCACGUGACACACCGACAUUCCUGAAAAGGACAGUAUAGGGAGUAAUCUCAGUUUUCAUAUGGGGGCGACAUUUCUGUACGGGUGUAAAGUGUAAAUAUAAUGUACUGUGUGAGCGUACGAUUGUUCCGGUUGUAAAGCGAAAGCAAUGCCAAGAUGUGCGUUUGAAAUGAUUGGGCAAAUGAAAUAAAUCGUGUUCUUAUUGA